AGAUUAUGCAAUCGUAGAUAAUAUGCUGGUCUAGGCCGGGUCGGAGAUCAUGUGGUACUCUCUUAACCGUCGCGGUGAUAUGGCUUCUAAGCCCUAAGACUCGCGAGACGCAGUGAUUCGCUGAAACGCAAACAGGACGGCCGUUUAUAUGGUAUAAACAUGGAGUUUGUAUCUGUAUGCCUAGUGUUGAUGGUUGCAGUUCUACAUGGAGGUGUGUUAUCAGUAUCAACAGAAAAUAAUAACAAUGAAAAAGAAGUUGCAUUAGAAACUUUAUCAAGUGUUUCUAAAAGACAAACAAAUUUCCGAAAUAAUAAUUUCAACCAACCACAAAUUCCACAAGAAUAUUUUGAAUAUACUCAACAAGCAAAUUAUGAUAGCAAUUUAGCACCGGAACAAUCACAAUUUGAACAACAAAAUAUACAACAGCAAAUUUUUGUACAAGGAUUACCAUCUGAUGUAUUUCCCCCAACUACUACGACGACAAUAUCUCCAUUCACUGCUGAACAAAUUCGAUUGCAAGGAGAGUAUUCGAGGAGGACACUAGUUGAACAGCAAACAGCGCUAAUUAAAUCUCGACAGAAGAUUUUAGCCCAACCACCUCCAACUCAGUUUCAAAUUCAACCUUCACCAAUCUCCGAACAACAGGUGCGACAGCCACUGCAAUUUAUAGAUCAAAAUGGGCAAGUACGUCAACAAAACUUAGGGCUACUACAACAAAAUUUUGCUCCUCAACAACAAGAUUUAGUGUCGCAACAACAAUCCGUUGUGCCUGUUCCAAGUGAUGAACCGUUUUCAUAUGCACAAGUCCAAUUUGGUCCAGUGACUAAGCAAGCGGAAACAGUUGUUAGUCGAUCAAAAGGUCAAAGAUCUGUCUCGAGACCCAGAAUAAACUAUGCAGUAGAACCUGCUACUCAACAAACAGUAGAUUACCCAGCAAUAGCUGCAGUAAAUCCUGUACAGUUUAAUAGCCGUCUACUUCAAAACGUAGUUUAUAUCCAGCCUAAUGGUCAGAUGAAUAAACCGAUUGAAGAUACCGAGCAAGUAGUACAGAUUCCGCGAAAGAAUAACCAUUAUCAGACGAUAUCAGACGUAACUUCCAAUCCCGCGACCAGCGCCACGUCCAUCACGUCGUCAACUACUACUGUGGAUCCAGUUGAAGAAGAGCAAGUUAUAUUAAUUCCUCGGCCCAAGAAACCCAAUCAAAGGCCCAGGAAUGAAAGCAGAAAAUUGAGUAGAGUACAACAACAGGCAGUGAGAACUGAAAAACCUCAGCAGCAACAAAACCAACAACAACAACAACAACAACAACAACAACAACAGUCAUUCGAAGUGGAACCGGAUAAUUUUUUAACGUCGCUCUUAUCUAGGUUUCAGCAGACACAACCAGAGACGACAGUCGCUACUUUGCCUAAGUCGAGAGGUGGUACCAGACCGAAAAGCGGAAACCGUUCUGGUACAACCAAGUAUUUACCGGACAGAAAUCAGUUGCAGCUAUUGCAAUUUCCACAUGAGCUCAAGGCGUUGAGCAGCGCUGAACUUAAAGCGUUGGAAGAUUCGAGCGCGCAGAUUACUGCUGCAAACGACAAGUCUGUUGGUCAGAAACAACUGUUUAGAAAUACUCCGGUUACCAGUACUGUACAACCUUCUCCAUCACCGUCCUCCGUACAACUCAACGAACGAUUUAUCCUCGGAAACAGACCAGUUCCCACGCCCGUCGAACUCAACGAACAACAGCGUCAGUUUCUUGCAGCUCAAGGUAUCCGUCACUUGUACCGAGUGGAUUACGACGAAUCUGGAAAUGAGUUGCCACUGACUUAUGUAUUAGCACUGGAUAAUCGGCCUAAACUAGCAGAGCUAAAACAGAAACUCUAAACCUACUCAUAAAAUAUAAAUGCUUCAAAAAGUGCCUAUUUAUGUAUUAAGAGUGUUGUAAGUUAUCAUUAU